UGCGCACUACGGAGCGGCGUGUCGACUGGGGCAAUGAGGACAAGUGAGUUUGAUUCAUCUGACGAAGAGGACUUUGGUGAAGUGGAAGCCACACCUUUUCAGAUCUCAUGGUUGUCUCUGUCAGUGGUGGAGUGUUCCCAGUCUCUUGGCAUUUGUUCCUUACCUGGAUGCAGAUAUAAAGAAACCAGAAGAAACCUGCAGAAAGAUGUUGCUGAGAUGUGUGAUCAGGGUGUGGAGGACGUGUUUGUGUUCUGUACCCGGGGAGAGCUGGUGCGUUACAGGGUGCCCUGUCUGUUAGAGGUUUAUUCUCAGAAUGGACUCAGAGUGCACCACCUCCCCUUCCCGGACGGGAGCACCCCAGACCUUCCGCAAUGCAACUCCAUUCUGGAAGAACUGCAGGACUGCCUGCAGAAUCAGCGCAGGACUGUCAUACAUUGUUAUGGAGGCCUGGGACGCUCAGGGUUAAUUGCUGCAUGUCUGCUGCUGCAGCUCUCUGUCUCCAUGACACCUGGUGCUGCUCUGGAGAUCCUGAGGGAGUUGAGAGGAGGAGGAGCUAUUCAGACCGUCAAGCAAUACAACUUCCUUCAUGAGUUUCGGGAGAAGUUUGAAGCAUAUCAAGAAACCAAAGAGCGACUUUCAGAGAGAUCAGUGUCCCGAUGAUCAACCUGACAUCAAGAUGAUGUAAAAGCAGAAAAAAUGACAAAUUACUUUGGUGUUUUUGCUCAAUUGAUUUUCUCUACUUUAUGAAUGCAUUUGUUUCUUUUCUGAUGGCACUUUAAAAAUUCUGUAUUUUUAUAAGUCGAUCUAAUAAUAUUGUGCUUAAUAUAUAACUUUAACUUUGCAAUUAAAUGGGUCUUGUUCAGUAAGUGAGUCUUGAAGGUGCAGCAAGUGAUUUCUGCGACACGCUGUUGAAAAUUGUAAUCAACACUCAAACACAAUUUUGUGAAUAUUUUCUAUCUCUUUUCUAUGUAUGUUGAAACAAAUUGUUUGUGUGUAGUCCUGGCUGUGUAAAUAAGGGAGAAACGUGGAUCUGACUGAGCACCGUAACACUCGUGUAGCCAAUCAGCAACAGGGGCGAUUACACUCAUGAUGAGGAGGAGAGAGCAUGAGCAAGCUUGACUAGACUAGAAAGAGAAAAAUGUUACAAGAAUAUCAUUAAAAGAAGGCUUACAAUCAGGCAAACUCUAGGACCUACAUUAAUAUGGGGAAAGCUUUGGGCUCUGAGGUUGCUGUGUUGCUGUGAGUAACAUUGGUUUUGUUACAUUUCACAAAAACCAAGACAUGCUUUUGCAAUAUUAUCUAUAGCGCUGCUGGUGCCUGGCUAUUACAAAAAGCAUUGCAUCAUUGGCUAUUACAGCUAUGAUGAAAGCAUCUAUUUCAGCAGACACUGUCUUGAUAAACCAUCUGUUAUAGUAUCAUAUAUAUAUAUAUAUUUUUUUUUUUGUCUGGGAAACCAUUGCUUAUGUGAGUAACGGUGAUUUGGAUGGUGGAUUAAGUUAUGCAGCUGUUGGCAAUCAUUCCUGGCAAUUCUUUAUUUUUUUUUUAAGUGGUCAGUAGUAAGGAAAUGUAUAAAGUUUGCAGCAAUUACCUAUGAAGUGGACCAAGGUAACAUGAACCAAACAAGCUGUUUUGUACAGCUAAAAAUAGCGGGACGCAGAUGAGACCUGAAGCCAGACCCAUAAAAUGUACAACUUUUUUGGGAAAAGUAAGGAGAUUUAUGCAAAGCAGCAUCACUGUUUUAUAAUAUCUUUGAAAUUCAAAUCAUUUUUAUCAUUGGAAAAAUAUUUCUUAAAAAUGUAUGCAAUCUUUUAUUUAUUUUUUAAGUGGAAAUGACUAACAAAGCUGAAAGGUUUUUUUUUCUUUUGUUUAACUAUUAUAAGCAUUACAUCACAAAAUUAGCAAUUUUAUCAAGCGAUUACAUAAAAAAAAAAAUUACUGUCCUAUUCUUUCCGUUUAAACCAAACCUAUUUUACCAUGAUUACUUUAGCCAAAUGGAAUAAACGACACAAAAAGCCAUCAUAAAAUGAUCAUUUGUCAUGAUUUGUGUAUGAGCGUUUAUUUGAAACUUUAAGCAAUAUUACAAGCCAGAAAGAAAAAAAAAAUAAAAAAUUACUAUAGCUUUUGCAAGACUUUAUAACACUCAAAUGCACAUAAUGCUGGGAUCACAAACACACAGGGGGAAAACAGCAAUCAGAAAAAAAAAAAAAAAAUCAAUCCCUAAAUCAAUCACAGGGAAAAAUCUAAAUUAACUUAUUACUCUGAAUAUAACCUUGGUGGUUCAGCUUGGUGAUUAUGAACAGCUAUCAGUGAGAUGUGAGGUACAGAAUCCUUCCACACAGCUCUGCUUUGAAUCCAGAUACAAACUCUACAGCAUCAGCUCAGGACUGAAGCCUGUUUGUGAUUACUGACAAGCUAAAAGAAAAUGGCAUCUUGGCACACUGAGAUCAUGCCAACAUCAAACCAAAAUAUUCAAAAUAGUGUCCACACUCAUCUCUAACUCACAAAAACAUAAUGAAAGUAAAACAAAAUCAGAAAACAAUUACACUUAGAAAUAUGAAAUGCACACAAUAAAAAAAAUGUAAAAGCAAAAAAAAAAAA